UCAACAAAACAUCUGGAUCAAUUCAUCUGCGUCCCGAAUUCUGCCUGUCUGCUUUACUUCCGCUAUUUCUUUAGAUCAGUCUCACUGCUCACCCACUCACCUCACUCUCUGUUUUUCUCGAAACGCAAACAUAUACCGUCACUUCACCACACCACCCCAACCAAUAGAACAAAAAAGACGCAAGAAACAAUGUCAAACCCACGCAACCCUCAGCCACCUUCUACCCUCCGCCCAACGACCCGCCUAAUAACAACCCACGACCCCAAAACCGCCAAAGCAACCUUCCUCCAUUCCUCCGCUGCCGCGCCCACCCACAAUCUCCCUACAGGAGACACCCUCUCCCUGCUCUACGCAACCCACACCUUUCCUUCAACCCCAACCACCGAUCUAACCACCUACCUAACAACCCACCUCUCCACCUCCCCAACCGCCCUCCCCCUAUCCUUCAAGAUCGAAAAUGGCACCGCGCUCUACCAAAUCGACUUUGCCCCUGGCAGCGUAGCCCCCUUCCACCGUACGCGCUCACUGGACUACUGUGUUGUUGUUGAAGGGACUGUGGAGCUGGUGCUAGAGGGUGAGAAAGGAGAAAGGAAGACGGUGAAGAAAGGCGAUGUUGUUGUGUUGAGGGGUGGACGGCAUUCGUGGAAGAAUGUUGGAGAAGGGGGCGAGUGGGCGAGGAUUGUUUUUGUGCUUUUGGAUGCUGAGGCGGUUGUUUGUGAGGGGGUUGAGUUGGGGGAGGAUUUUGGGGGGAUGGGUGGGGAUGGUGCGGAGGUGUAG